AAAAAUUGCAAACAAAACAAAGGUCGUCGUCUUAUUUCUUAUCUAAAAACUACGCGAAAUUCGGCAAUUUUUGUUGCAUUUCAUCUCAGGUGGUACCUCAUCGGUCGUUCAUAUCGCAGCAAGCGACGCUUACGAGGCAAAGUUGUCAUCGUCACGGGCGGCAAUAGCGGCAUCGGCUUCGAAGUGUGCAAAGAACUUUCUGGAAAGUACGAGGCAACUGUAAUUUUGGCGUGUCGCAACAGCGAUUUCGGGCGAAUUGCUGUCGCGAAAAUUCAACGCGAAUACCCGGGAGCUGAUAUCCGGUUCGAACAGCUGGAUUUAUGUUCAUUUUUGAGUGUUUGUACUUUUGUGAAGAAAAUAACGCAAAAUUACCGAGAAAUUUACGCAAUUGUCAAUAACGCCGGCAUUUUUUAUCACGGCCCGCUACUGACAAAGGACGGAUUUGAAAUUACCUUCCAAACAAACUACUUGGCACCCUUUUUGCUCACCACAAAUUUACUUCCGGCCUUAAACGGGCGCAUCGUGAACGUCGCAUCGCAAGCCCAAGAGUACGUCACGGAAUUUCCGCAAGCUGAUUACCACUUGGCUUACCCGGAUUCGUCUGUGGCACGUUUCGAGUCGUACUUUUACAGCAAAUUUUGUCUUGUUUUGUGGUCCGUGAAGCUCGCCACGCUCCUGAGUCAAGCUGAAACCCCGAAAAAACACAUUUCCGUGCAUUGUGUGGACCCGGGGAACGUCGAAACGAACAUUUUUCGGAAUUUUCCGCCAUUAGCGACCCCUUUUUGGUUCUAUUUGCAGAAACCGAUCCGUUUUUGGUGCAUCAAGACCCCCUGGGAGGGCGCCCAAAGCAUUUUAUUCGCCUUAUUGGAGCCCCCGAGUGCGGUUCCGUUCUACGUGAAGCAUCAACGGGCCGCGGAAUACAAUCCGCUGUGCGACAAUCAAAAGUACCAAGACCAGUUGUGGCAUAUUAGUCAGAAAAAUUUGGAAAAAUGGAUCAAUUAGUGCAAAAAGUGUGGGAAAAUCCGUCGUUGGGACUCAGAAAAGAACUUUUAAAGUUCAAAUUUCAAAAUAUCGUCAAAGCAAAUGAACUUUCGACGGUGUUUGUGGUCUUUUCGGACGUAAAUUUGCCAGCGUCACGCCAUUCUGAGUACCUCAAAACGCAAAAUAGUGAAUCUCUUGUCAAAUUAGGGAACGCCUUGACCCCCGUCGACUGGUACAUCGAGAAAUUCCUGCAAGAAAUGCUCGUCGGAGAGGAAAGUCGCUGCUUUAU